AGGACCUGAGCAAAGUACAAGCACUGCCUCAUACUGCCAUUUAGUAUUUAUUUUCCAUCCCCAAGCCAACGACGAACACCCUGCUCUGUUCCUGUUCCAGACAAGAGAAACGCGAGCGAGGCCGGCAGCAACAGAGACACUGCUACCGACUACCGAGGCGGGUGUCACCGGCAGUGGCAUGCCCUGAGAGACCACGGAAACCACAUGUGGCCUGCAGGCGCGGAGCACCCGAUGGGCAUGGGCCACGGGCCAGCGGCGCCGUCGCCGAGGCCGAGCACGACGGCGACGCACUCGGCGUCGGCGUGGCAGUCGCCGGUGCCGUACCUCUUCGGCGGGCUGGCGGCCAUGCUGGGGCUCAUCGCGCUGUCGCUCCUGGCGCUGGCCUGCUCCUACUGGAAGCUGUCGGGGAGCAUCCUGGCCGCGGGGGAGCCGGACGACGACGACCUGGAACGCCGGGCCGCUGGCGCGGGCGCCGGCGACGGGAAGGCCGCGGCGGCCGGCAAGGCGGACGCCGGGGAGCGUUGGCGGGAGCACGUGGUGGUCAUCAUGGCCGGCGACGAGAGGCCCACGUUCCUGGCCACGCCGGCGUCGGGCCGGGGCGCCCCGGACGACGCCCGUGGCGUGGCCGUCGUCAGCGUGGGCUGCGGUGGCGGCGGUUCUGGCUCCGGCCCCGGCUCCGAGGACGGCGAGGAAGAGAGGUGCGUCGAGUGCGGCGCGAGAUCUUGGCCGGCUCGCGUGGCCGACGACGAGCCGAGUCGGAGCGAGCUGAGUGGUGGUAGUGGUAGUGGUAGUUCUGUAAUCAGUGAGAGAUGAGAGAUCCAUUUCCUGCUUCUUUUUUUCUACUGCUCCUUUUUUUUCCCUGUGUGUGUGACUGCGCCUACAUUUAUCUGUUUUGCUGUAUACUACUAGUAGAGUAUUUUUUUUUUUAACAACGGUUGGUCACAAAUGUGAAGAAAUGAGGCCAACUUUUUUAGAUGAUGAAA